AUGUAAUUUCCUAAACCAAAUUUAAUAGAAAAAGAAGAAGAUUUUUUAUGCAAACAACAAUAACAGCAAAUCGCGUUUGCUAUUUUGGAUUCUUAAUUAUUGAGAUAUAAGGCUCAUAUAUAAGUCUUGUCCUCAAUAGAAUCCAUCUAAUGCUUAGAUUGUAGAUUUUCAAUUGCUUAGAUAAAAUUUUGA